UAUACUGAUGGAGCUAAAAUAAAUACAUUGACGAUGGAUGGGCAAAAUACUCGACGCAGUUUAGUCGAAGAAUCAGAGGAAAUAAACGGCAUGGCUCUUGAUUGGAUAGACAAAAAUGUGUAUUGGUGCCAGGGUACACAGAAUGGCAAGAUAAGCUUUGUUUCCCAGUCAACAUUGAGCCGCUACACUGUUAUAACCGGUCUGGUACAUCCGAGGUUGCUCACACUUUUAAUGUCCAGAAGUUCAAUGGUAUGGAUUGAAGGAGAACAUGAUGACUUCACAAUUAAGGAGGCUCGCAUUACCGGUUCCAAUGUACGCCUGCUAAAACGUGUUCGUAGUGAAAUAUACGCCUUGUCCGUCGAUGAACUCACAAACAGUUUCCUGGAGAAGUACGGCUCCGAAACCAAUAUCCGAUGCGUCAGUACGUAG